GCACUUUCUGUACCUGGGAACCUUCUAAGGCCUGCGGCAAAGACAGACGACGCGUCACCGGGGUAUCUACCAUCAUGCCACCACUUGUCUUCCCAGGGGUAUCCGCCUCCCUCCUCGCUCCGUAUGAACCAUUGCUAGUCUCAUAAACGUCUAGAGAAACGAGUCCCUCGUCAGGCCAAGUGACGAACAUACACACCCACACACCAAAUGACUUCACUUACUGGGCUCUUCUCGCUCAAUUUGCUUCGCCGAAGAGAGUACAAGCUGUUGGACUCUGCUGUACGCCGGCCUCCCCGCACAUAUAGACGCUUUGCCUUUCGAAUAUGCUACUAUUUGUUAGCUAUUUUGUGUUCUAUUGCUAUCCUACUUUGUUUUACCGCCAUAGCCUCCCCGUCCUAUACCCAUCCUCCAGCUCAUUACUCCUCUUUACGCCGCAAAGUUUCAGAGCACACGAGCCAUGGGAAUAUUCGCAAUGAAAAGGUCUUCAUUGCAGCAAGCUUGUAUGAUCCAACAGGCAAGCUGGCCCAGGGGGCAUGGGGCUCUAGUAUUCUACAGCUUAUCACCCUCUUGGGAGAAGAAAACGUCUUCGUCAGCAUAUACGAGAACGAAAUCGAAGACAAGAACAAAACCCGGCCGCGAAGCAGUUCAAGCCCAGAGAGCAGCGCCGCGAGACUCGCCCUGGAGCAGCUAAGUAGCCAUAUCCCGUGCAACAAGUCCAUUCUCUAUGAGACGAUGGACCUGGAUCAACUGCCCACCGUGGUUAUCCCAACCACGGGCGAGAAGCGCGUCAAACGGAUCACGUAUCUCGCCGAGACUCGCAACCGCGCCCUUCGACCGGUUAACAGCAACCGCAACAGCAACAGCGAUAGGGAUAGCGAGGAGAUGAAGUUAGCAACAAGGAUCAGAUUUGAUAAGCUCCUCUUCCUCAACGAUGUGGCCUUUGACCCCAUCGAUGCCCUCCAGCCCCUGUUCUCAACGAACGUGGACAGCAACGGAAUCGCGCAGUAUCGUGCUGCGUAUGCGGUGGACUUCAUUAAUCCAUUUAAAUUCUACGAUACAUAUGCCACGCGAGAUUUGGACGGUAUAUCAUGGGCCUACCAUUUUUCCCAUGGUUCUCAAGUGCUGGCAGUGAAAGGAGCCGGCAAGCUGUCCUAGCAGGGAGUGAUAGUGUCCCUGUGCGUAGCUGCUGGGGUGGCAUGGUUGCCUUUGAUGCUCGAUAUUUCCAGGACGAGAAUGGUUUGAUAGAUGCAGCAGGAGAUCUCCCAGCUCGGUUUCGUUCGUUGACAGAUUCCGACCAUCGCUGGGACGCUUCGGAAUGCUGCUUGAUCCAUGCCGAUAUCCAAAGACUGCCGGAUAACGACGGCUCGUCCAU